UCUGCUUUUCUCUCGGUUUCAGAAGCAAAAAGGAAGGAAAAAAAAGAAGAUGGAGCCUCAAAUGAACUGGUCCCAGGCGGAGACCCGGGCGCUGCUCGACGUGUGGUCGGAGGAGAAAAUCCAGAGGGACCUGGAGGAGUCCUUCAGAAAUGAGAACGUUUACAGAGAAGUGUCAGGCAGGCUGGCCGCCAUGGGCAUGAGCCGCUCUGCAAAACAGUGCAGGGAGAAGAUAAAGAAGCUAAAGCAGGAAUACAGGAAAACGAAACAGCACGGCGAGAGGAGUGGCGCCGUCAAGAGGACCUUCAGGUGGUACGACGCCAUGGACGCCAUCUUGAACGACAAACCCGCUGCGACAGACGAGUCGGCCGCUAUGAUACUUGAAUUCAUGAUUUCAGACGUGGAGACAGAUUCACCCGCUAUGACAGACAUUCAUGAAAGCUGCACUACGCCGGGCCAUGUUCUGCCAUUUACUAUGCCUGGUCCAACACCUCAUCCCAUGGAGAACCCACAAGUACCUGACUUCUACUCUGUUCAACCAGAAGACUGUGACGGUCCGUCUACAAGCACCGCAGUGACCUCCACUGCAGUGCAAACAUCAGUCAAAGAUACGCCCUUGUGUUGUUGGUCAAAUAGAGAGGUCCAGGCAUUGUUGACACUUUGGGCAAAUCCCACAGUUCAACAAGAGCUGCUCCUCAACGUGAGAAAUAAUAAAGUUUACACAUGCCUCAGUGCCAAACUGGCUUCACUUGGAUUUAACAAAGCGCCAAAGAAGUGCAGAGAGAAAAUCAAAAAACUGAAGCAGGAAUACAAGAGGAUCAAGAACGGUCAUCACAUGGGUGGGAGCAGCAGUGUUUGGUUUGCCAUUAUGGAUGAAGUCCUCAGUUCCCAGCCUGCAGCAGUGAAACAUUCAGAAACAGCAGAUCCUUCCUCCACAGAGCCCUCUCUGCCCACUGAGUCAGUUGUCUUGGAUGUCGACACGGAUGAUGAGCUCCAGUGGCUGCCUGAUGAAAUCCAAGUGUUGAUGACUCUCUGGGCACAACCCAACAUUCAGAAACAGCUUCUCACCUCAGCGACCGACAAUCAAGUUUUCACGUAUCUCAGCAGCGAACUGGCUUUGGUGGGAUUUAACAAGACGCCGCAUCAGUGCAGUCUGAAAGUGAACAACCUUAAAGAGGAGUACAAAAGAAUCAAGCAAUUCGGACUAUUUGGGGAUGUGAAAAGCGACUGGUUUGCUAUUCUGGACAGUGUCCUCGGCCCUGAUGGAGAGGCGUUGAAAGAAGUGGAUUCAUCUGCUGUGCUGACAGAACCUAAAUCACCAGAAGAUGAGCAUGUGAAUGAUUCACUCCGAGCUGUUUGGACGUCCGAUGAAGUCAAAGUGCUGCUCACUCGAUGGGCAGAGGAGAGCAUCCAGGAGCAGCUCAGAUCAACUCAAAGAAAUGAGAGAGUGUUCGCCCAGCUGAGCUCAGAACUUGCCACUCAGGGCUUUGAUAAGACCACCAGCCAGUGCAGGUCAAAGAUAAGACUGCUGAAGCAGAAGUACAGAAGGAUUAAGCUGCAGAAAGACUCUAAAAAGCAAAAAAGCAGAUGGUUCGCCAUUAUGGAUAAAGUCCUUGACUGCCGCAAGUCUGAGUUUGAGACUAAAAUAGCUGCUGAAGUCACAGAUUCAGACCAGACAUCUCUACAGGCAUCUCAGCAAGACAUACCUGAAGCUGCGGAAGGUUGCCGUUUGCCCGUCUCCUCAUUGUGUCUGCUGGUUCCAACCCUGCGUCUGAUGAGUGCCUUUACCUGGCAGGUGGUCCAGUGUAGUAAUGUGGCGCAUUAUGGAAAGGUGGAGGAUCUGGUGAGGUUGGUGACAGAGUUGGCUCCAGAGCUGCUGACACCCAGAGAGAAAGUGCAGCUGCUGCUCAGGCUAAGAGCAAGGCUUGUGCUGGAGUUGUGUCUCAGUGAGAGCACAGCCAACCUGCUGAAUGUCCAGCCCCACCUGAACAUCAUUCAAGACCUCACGAUAAGCUCCAGCUCUAAUCAAGAGGAGUUGGAGGAGUUGGAAAAAUCAAAGUCAAACUUUGUGGAGAUUGUUCAUACUUUGGUCGAGGACACAGAAGAGAGAAAGAGGUUUUUCAAGGAAGUCUUCCCUAUCCACUAUGGCCAACAGUAUGAAGUCACAUUACGCACACUAGUAUGGAAAUUUAUCUCCAGACUGGACAAUCUAUUACCCAUCCCUGAUAUUAAACAGACUGCAGAGUGGCUCAGCACCAGUCCCUCCAUUAUGGAAGAAUGUGGACAACUAGUUUUGGAACCAGAUCAGCUGAAGGCGCUACUUCACUUCCAUCAGCAACAGUCGGGAAACACAAACACGUGCGUCUCUCAAGCACAGACUAUGUUUUUGCCGGCGCUGUCUCUUCAUUUCAAAGCAAACUCGAAGCAGCUUGCUUCAGAGCAACAGGAAAUGUCUACAGAUGAUGAAGGACAGUUUGAUUAUAGUGAAGACGACGAGCCAGUUGAUGAAAGCCAAACUGGCGAUGAGUUAACUCUGGAUGACUGCAGCAAAGGAAAUGAAGACCUGAAGUUCAACGAAGAACAAAGGAAUGGCAUGACAACAGCAAACGCCGCAAAUUUAAAGCAUGCACCUUUACGCCUUCAUACCUGCUCACUGUGUCCGUACUCCGACAGCCAGGUGUCCGGACUUCUGAAUCACAUCAGAAAGGAGCAUCUGAUCCAGGAUCCCAGUGGCCUUUUCUCUACAGAAUUUGGGCAAGAUGGCGUCCUUCAAAAAGUCGACGCGCAGAUGCUCAGGAGCACAACAGACACUUGUGAGUAUUGCGGGAAGGUCUUCAAGGACAUAGCAACCCUGAACACCCACAUUAAAACACACACUCUGCUAUAUCACUGCGACAAGUGUGACAAGAAAUACUCCUCCAAGGCGUCCCUGACUGUGCACCAACGGAUUCACACGGGCGAGAUUCCAUAUUUGUGUUCGCACUGUGGACAAGGCUUCAGGUCUUCGUACACCCUCGGGCAGCACGUUCGCAUACACACAGGAGACCGGCGCUACAAAUGUCACAUAUGUGGGAAGACGUCGAUCCAACAUCUGGCGAGACACAUGCGCAUGCACAGAGGGGAAAAGAACUAUCUGUGUACGGAAUGUGGGAAGGCUUUUCUGUCCUCUGGGGAGCUGCGGCUACACACGAGGUUUCACACAGGCGAGCGGCCUUACAUAUGCAAACACUGCGGCAAAGGUUUCAUCGCAAAGUGCCAACUGACGGUUCACACGCGGCGACACACAGGAGAGAGUCCGUACGGGUGUUCGCUGUGUCCAAAAUCCUUUCACACUUUGAGAGCCCAGAAAAGGCACAUGAUGAUUCACUCCAACAAGAAGUCUUUCCAGUGUUUAAAGUGUGGUAAAAUAUUCAGGCAAGAGGAAACUUUUAAAAUGCACGCUGAGACACACAAAUGAUUUAAUA